AUGGCAUCGUUCUCUGGAGGUUUUGAACUCUCGAAUUCUUUCAUUCUCUCGCGCUCGAAUAAUCCCGUUAGCAAAGAUGGCAACUGUGGCUCGAAUUCCGACUUCAACGCAACAUGCCUCACAUCCACUUUUGGUAACUGCUGCUCUGAAAAAGGGUUCUGCGGCAAGACUGUAGCAUACUGCGCUGAGGGCUGCCAAAGUGGGUUUGGUACCUGUGGAACAAGUGAUGGGCAGCUUGUUAGUAUUUCAGGAUCUUGUGGUGCGACGUCCUCGAGCAACAUAACAUGUCAAGGAAGCGAGUUUGGAAACUGCUGUUCUGAGAAAGGCUACUGUGGCAAGACUUCGACGUACUGUGGUGCUGGGUGCCAAAGCGGGUUCGGUACUUGUGACUCCGACGACAAGUCCUCUUCAGUGACUACAGCCACGACAGCCACUCGUGGAACUUCAACCUCAUCAGCAGCAUCAGAAACGAGCCUCGGUGCUGUUUCUGUUGAUGGUAACUGCGGAUCCAAUUCGGAUAUCAACGCCAUCUGCGAGGGUAGCGAGUUUGGCGAUUGCUGUUCGGAAAAGGGAUACUGCGGCGGAAGCUCGAACUAUUGUGGAACCGGCUGCCAAUCUGAUUUUGGCUCCUGCGAUACGUUAAUAGCAGAAAAAACAUCUACGAUAAACCCGACAGGCUUCACAAGAAGCUCAGCAACAAGCUCACCACUUAGCUCAGACUCGGCAGAUUCGUCGACUGGCUCUCUUAGUACCGGUGCCAAGGCUGGGAUCGCGGUCGGAUCCGUUGUUGGAGGUCUCGGAUUGAUAGGCCUACUCGCUUGGUUUUUGAUACGUAGGAAGAACAGGAAAUCUGCACCAUCAGUGAUGGAAGUUGGCGAGGAGAAACCUGAAAGUGCGCCAAGGUAUGAGCUGAAAGGGGAGAAUCAUGCUGAGUUAGAUGGAGGAGGGACUCGUGCCGAGCUACCUGGUGAUUAUGGGAGCCACCAGAGAUGA